ACAACAUGAACCCGGAAGUGCCGAGGAAUGUGAGCAGACCUACACAACCUUUCGCCAGUUUGUCACUGCCACACACACACACACACACACACACACACACACAGCCCUGAACUUUCACUUUCUAUCCGACAUGCAGAUUCCCCUCCGUCUGCACACCGAACAUGACAUUAAACAUUCAGAGUAACACCUGUUAUAACGCCUGUUAUAACCGCAUCCACCGGAGCGCGAGCGCAGACGCCAAACCGCGGACUGUUUCUUUUCUGCUGCUGGCUGCGAUUCUGGGAGCCGAAACUUUAAUCACUGCCGCGCUGCUGUACAGCUUCACCCGAGAGCUCCACACGACCACUGAAUCUCUGGACCAUGAUGUCUUCCCGACUGAGUGUCUCCACCAACACGGCCACGAUCCGGCAGCGAUGCACACCACAGCCCUGGCAAGCUGCGACUUCAUGAUGCAAGAACUCCAGAACAGCGUGAAUACGAGACUCUUGCUGGACGUCCGCAACUCCUUAUGGCAGCGUUUAGAAGAACACAAUAUCACCCAGGCCUUCAAACCAGCGAUACAUGUCGGGGCAAAGCACGAGCUGAAGCAGUAUCACCAUCUGCAGGGAACAGGUGAUUCUCAGGAUUCCCGGCUCACAUUAGAGCGUCUAAACUGGGAGGUCCUGAGUGGACAGAGCACUCAGGAGGGCCUGAUGAUCCUCAGUCCUGAUGGAGAAAUUGUGGUUCCUCAAGAUGGGAUUUAUUUCGUCUACUCGCAGGUUAAUUUCAUAGCCUCGCACCUGGAACCCGAUCUCCAGCUGGUCCAAUACUUAUUCAAGAGAACGGCAUCGCAUCCGGAGCUGAUGAUGCUCGGUAAAGCCGGCGCGAGUCGGCGUCUCGAGUCUGAGUCCAGCGUGGGUCUGUACUCCAGCCACCAGGGGGCAUUGUUUCAGCUCGAGCAGGGAGACAGGCUCUCUCUGUGUGUGAGCAACAUGGACGCCGUUCUCCUUCAACCAGAGGCGACUUACUUCGGGGCAUUUAUAAUAGACUGACACGGCUUACACAGGAAUCCAGGACAGUUUACUGAUUUCUUUGGUAGUAUUCACUGUAGCCCAAUGUUACAAAGCCCCUGGCUGGACAAAAAUAAGCCCCUGAUUGGCCAGAAGUACAAAUCCAGCCACUAAAAUGCAGUCCCAAUUUAUUUAGAGACAAUGGCUCGAAAAUAAAACUAUGGCGUCAUGUAACAACACACAACAAAAUACUGAUUUGAUCUUUAAAAUUUGAAACAGAACUAUGUAACGACAGCAAUGUUUUAUGAAAGUAUUUUCAUCAACUGACAUUUAGCAAACAUUAAUGUCAGCUGCCUAAGUAACACUAACAUGCUAGCAAACUUAUCUGAUUAAAAGUUAGUUACCUAGCUAUCUAGCUACUCAUAGCUACUCAUAGAUAACUUCAACCAGUUAUAUCUAGAUAGCUAGCUAAUGUUAAAAUCAAAUGCUAAGCUGAUGAUAAUGUCAGCCAAAUUAGAUAGCUAGCUAGAGUUAACAGCUAGUUAUCGUGUUCAUAGUUAGUUUGCUAACUAAACAUGAACUGUUCACUAAUUAGCGUACUGCUAGACGUCUAAACUAGCAAACCAAAACUCUGAUUUUUAUUUACAGUCAUUUCACUAACUAUAUACAGUAUAAUAUAAAUAAUUAUGGGACCACAGUAAACUUUUUAUUAAAGGAAUAUAUAAGAUUUUUUUU